AUGAUUCCUCGAGAGAAUGCCUGGGCUGUAACUGGUACACCACUGCGAAAGAACAUCGAUGAUCUGUUCGGUCUUUUCCUGUUUCUCCAUUACGGGCCGUAUUGCUAUUCAAAUCCACUCUGGAAGAGAUUGCAUUCCCGCUUUGGUCCCGUUUUGGUGAACAUCAUCGGCACGAUUGCUCUGAGACAUACCAAGGAUCGCGUACGCGAUGAGCUACGUCUGCCACCCCAAAAGCGGAUUGUCAUUACCACUCCAUUCACAGCAGUGGAGGAGCAAAGAUAUGAGCAAUUGUUUAAGGAAAUGAGAAAGGAGUGCGAACUGGAUCCCACAGGAGGUCCGCUUCGUGAUGAUUGGGACCCCGCAGAUCCUCGGACCAUUGAUAAAAUGCGUUCCUGGCUAACAAGACUUCGCCAAACCUGCCUCCAUCCUGAAAUUGCCGGAAAUAGACGUCGAGCUAUAGCAGGUGCUGCCCCGCUGCGGACUGUGGAUGAUGUGUUGGAGUCAAUGAUUGAUGCCAACGAGGCAACCCUCCGGAGCGAAGAGCGGUCACUUCUUCUCUCGCAGCUUCGACGAGGUCAACUCCUGGAGAAUGCAAAGAAGCGUCAAGAAGCUCUCGUUCUCUGGCAGAAAGCAUUGGACCACUCCACAAAACUGGUCGAAGACAGCAGAGAGCAAUUGCGCCUGCUUAAAGACAAUGCUAGCAACAAGGAUGCCCCAGGCCUAUUUGAGGAUCCCGAAGAAGCAGAUAAGAACAGUCGCCUUGGCCAAUGUCGACUUAAGCUCCGAGGCGCACUUGAGAUUCAACAUAUUGCAGUGUUCUUCACUGCCAAUGCAUUUUACCAGAUCAAGAGUGAUCCAAACCUGACGGUUCCCGACUCGGAUGAGUUCAAAGCCCUUCAAAAACGAGAAGAAGAUGGCUACGAGGCUGCUAAGGUCAUUCGAAAAGAGAUGCUAGUCGAUGCCUCGCAAAAGGCCGAUCGCCACAUGAAGGCAAUCAAAGAGAAGGCGCAAAGGAAGCAGUUUGUCAAUAUCCCGAAAAUGGAUCCUCACAUCUAUAGCCGCGGAAUCGAGGCUUACAAUGUGAUCAGCAACUUUGAAGAUCUGUGCGAGGCUCUCAACAAACAUGCCGAGCAGUACAAAGAAUGGCGUGAAACCAUGGCAGGGCUAGUUACAAAGUCGCUGAUUGACCAAGAAGAAGACGCAGAGCUCGAGGGCGAUGAAUAUGAACGAUCGACGAAGCACCAAGAUGAAAUGUAUGUAUAUAUGGAAGGGUUGCGAUCGAUCUAUGCCGAUAGAAGUGACGCUCUUACUGGUGAGAAGAAUGUCCUCAUCUCCCAUGAAGUCAAAGCGGGCAUCGUUCAAGCCCAAAAGGGGGAGGGGCCUUCUCCUCAGCUGUUUCUGAAAGUCAUGAACGCCCGCAGUGAGCUUAUGCCUGAUCCUACGAUCGGAUCACUUCGCAAGAUUAUCAGCGAACUGAGGAGCAUUUUUACCUCCCUUGAGUGGCAGGCAAGCGCGGGAAACCCGCGUGCUCGGGCUGAACAUGAAGUUGUUGAAAUGGUGCUGAAAAACGCAACCCAAAUGAUUGCCGAGCAACUCAAAGUAUCGAGCGGGUUAGAGAGGGAAGUUGAGAUGUUCCGUGACGCCAUGAACCAUCGAUUGGAGUAUUACCGCCACCUUCAGCAAAUUUCCGAUACUGUCGCACCAUACGAUGAGCAGAGCGCGGGCAUGCCACUAGACGAGGCUCUGUUUGCCCAGAAGGCAGAGCAAGAACAGAAAACCGAGGAGAAAAUAUCUUCUCUGAAGUCCAAGGCAAGGUAUCUUCUUCACUUGAGGGAGGAUUCGAGUGCCGAUGACAGUUCCAGAACCUGCAUCAUCUGCCAAUGCCCAUUUGAAGUUGGGCUAUUGACUGUAUGUGGUCACAAAUUCUGUUCCGACUGCAUGAAACUAUGGUGGCAUCAGCAUCACAACUGUCCAAUGUGCAAGAAGACCUUGAUGCGCAAGGAUUUUCACCCAAUUUCCUACCGACCACAGGUCCUGUCCGCACAGGAGGAGAAAUCAUCUUCCAAGCCACAUGCUGGUGGGUAUUCUCAAAAUGCCCUAUACAGUGACAUCAGCUCGGGGCAUCUGAAAGAGAUCAGGAAUGUUGAAUUGAAGGUUUCCUACGGAACGAAGAUCGACACCAUGGCCCGGCACAUCAUAUGGCUGCGGACCCAAGACCCUGGAGCCAAGUCAAUUGUUUUCUCUCAGUACCGGAGCUUUCUGACAGUAUUACAAGAGGCUUUUGGUCGUUUUGGGAUUGGUAGCACCACCGUUGACCACAAGAGUGGCAUCGAAAACUUCAAAAAGGACCCAAAGAUUGAGUGCUUUUUGUUGCACGGCAAGGCACAGUCCUCCGGGCUUACUUUAAUAAAUGCCACUCAUGUCUUCCUAUGUGAGCCACUGGUCAAUACAGCAAUCGAGCUGCAGGCAAUUGCUCGGGUACAUCGUAUCGGCCAGCAUCGACCAACGACAGUAUGGAUGUACCUCGUCUCUGGCACAGUGGAGGAAUCCAUUUACGAACUAUCGGUGGCUCGGCGACUAGCUCACAUCAUCGAGAAAGAGAAAUGCGAACACGCCCCAGCGGAAGCUGCUAACGGCAAUGGCACUACCAUCGAAGAUUUAUCUGAGACAGCUAUCGAUUCUGCAAACUCCAUGGAAAUUCAAGAUUCCCGCCUUGGAACUUUGAUGCAAAGCGGUGACUCAGGGGGAGAGAUAGUGCAGAAGGAUGACCUCUGGCAGUGUCUCUUCGGAAAUGUCAAACAAAGGGGUGAAAGUCGUUUAACCAAUGCCGAGAAGGACGUUGACCGAUUUUUGAGGGGGGAGGCAGCUGAGCGAAGGGCCAGUGGACAGUGA